GGCAGUGGCAGACAGGGCUGCCACCUAGCAUGCAAAUCACCACGGGGGAGUGUGGCUACACUUCUCGGGCUGCUCCCAGGCAAUGCUCCUGGGUAGGCCAUGUGCUGGAUGCCAUCCUGGGCGCUGUGUAUUCAUCCUCACAGUUGCCCUCCUGAGUGACGCUGUAGGCCUGGUCCUUUUGUUGCUGGGGAUCUUUGCCACACUGAACUACUGGGACUUCUUAGUCUACACAGGAGCUCUGAUCUUGGCCCUAAGUCUUCUGUUCUGGUUUGCCUGGUACUGCUUCAAUAUCGAAGUGCCUCUUGAGAAGCUGGACAUAUAGUUUGGCUAUGGAUCAAGGAGGUGACAUGCUACUGUAAACCUGGGGUCGAUGAAAGGCAUCAGAUGCAGCUUCCAUCCAGGGUGACCGGUCAGGACCAGGACUCUUUUUAAAGGAAGAGUUACCAAAAAUUGAACAGGAUGGAUGGAAAGUCAGAGACUGGAAACAAAGAGGGAAAAAGGAGGAUGAAAUGGCCCUGUUUAAUGGAGAAGGAGAAAAUCAAGAUUCAUCCUUUAACGGUACCCACGAGGAACCCACAAGGAUGCCUCUAUGUGGCUCUGGAAGCCAGGACUCCAUAAGGGGCCCAGCACCUUGCACUAGACCACUGAAGUUACUGCUGCCACUUCAAUCGUUUGUGGAAAGCCUGAGAAGCUAGGAAGUUACCUCAGUGGGGCUUUAAUGGGCUUAUAUGCCACCGAGAAGCUCCGUGCUCAUCUCAAUGUCCUUUCCAAACAAUUGAAGCCAAGAAAAGAAAUUCCUAUGGGGAGCGGGGAGGUGUCUCCUACAAGCACACGUCUCAGAGCAUUGCUGCUACUUCCAUCUAAGUCUUUGACCCAGGUGACUCUCUGAGCCCCUGGAAAACUCCAGAGCAUCCCUGCUUACCUGUGGCUAUAUGGUAUCAUAUUCUAAGAUGUUGGUUGCAAGCCCGAGUGUGCAGCUUUGUGUCAGAGGACUUUCUCCUCCUCAAGGGACACACUGUGCACCAUUCAACCCAUCCGUUUUCACAGCCUGGCCACGUGGGUUGUUAUAUUCAGCUUUCAGUCAACUGCAACCCUCCAGGCACUUUUCUGACAAGCACAUCAGAAUUCUGCUGCACUGUACCGUCAUUCAUUUCAUAGCCUCAAAGCCAAGAUUUUUCUUUGAGCCUAAAUUACAUGUGGUCAAGUGAAACCCAACUACAGCAACUCUGAAGAUCAAGAUCCCCAGGCUGUUGUGAUUAGAUGUCUACCAUUUUCUCAGUCAGGCCUGACCUGCCAGUGUGUGAAGAAUAAUUUAUAUUUCCCUUGGUCUGAUUUUGUAUUUUUUAAUUUAUAUGACACUCUGUAUGUCUAUGUGUUUCUUUUCAUCUGCUUCAUAUCUUUUGUGGUCUGAGGUAGUUACCCAAAUGAAAAAAAAUGAAUUUUUAACAUGA